AUGCCGUGUCUCGCUCGCUUUUCAGGAAUUCCGUGGUUCAACAGCGGGGUCAGUGAGAAUGCAACCAGCGGACAAAUACAGCUGUGCAUUCCUGGGGUUUUAGCUUGUUUCCAGUGCGCUCCCCCAUACGUCGUGGCUACAAAGGAGGAUGAGAAUUCUAUAAAACGCGAAGGCGUGUGCGCCGCAUCAUUGCCUACUACUAUGGGUGUCACAGCAGGUUUCCUGGUGCAAAAUGCACUUAAGUUCCUGCUGGGCUUCGGACGGCCGUCGACGUUUGUGGGAUGGGAGUCGCUGCAGGACUACUUCACCACACUGCGCCUGAGGCCAAACGAUCAGUGCGCAGACGCAUGGUGCUGCAAAAGACAGAAGGAGGUCCAAGAAGAGGGGCUGACACUCGAAGACUACCUGCCUCGCGUGCAGGAAGAAAAACCUACGGACGGACCACUUCACGAAGAAAACCCCUUCGGCAUCAGUCUAGUUGAUGACGGGGAAGAAUACGAAAACGAGAAGUCGGGCAGUCACGCCUGUGCGGAAACGAGAACUCCUGCUUGUGCGUCAUCCGUAGAUGACUUGGCGGCCAAGCUGAAGUCGCUACAGAGCUGA